CUCCUACACACCCUCACUCAUUCCAAUGUGAAUAUGUAUAAGGGUAGUAAAAAUACCGGAUCACAUGCCCGGGAAAAGAAAAUCCCGUCCUGUCUUUAUACAAUCAUGGAUCCACCACUUUGUAGUCAAUAACAUUAUAAGGGUGUUCAGGUUCUCUACGGAAGAGAGGACAGGGUUUUCUCAAGAGUAGUGUGAUUGGGGACUGGCUCAAGACCGUUCUGCCUUCUUGUGUUAUUAUCUUUUGUUUUGUAAGACUUUAGAGCAUGAGCCAAGUCCUUCAUUCAUAUUUACCCGCUUCUCCCUCAGUCAACAGGUCAACAUGAUUUAUAAAAUAUUAUAUUUUUCUGUAUCCGCAAUGCCCAGUCCACAGUGAGUCAAUCAAAAACCUAUUAAUUACCUCUGUCAUUAUCUAUCAGUUAUGAAUAAAUGCCAUUACCUUGGUCUCAAAAGAAUCCAGGAACUAUUUAAAUUAGUCCUAAUUUCAGGUGUCAAGACUUGUACACUAUCAACAAAAUAAAUGAUAUUGUGUUAAGAGUUUUUUUAUUGUGGCAACGGUAUUAAUAUAACUCAAACAUAUUGUUGAUUGUUGAAUACAGUUUUGAAUGUUUUGUUAUUGGUAUUCAUUCAACAUAAUGUUGCUAUCAUAACAGAUUGAGACUCUUGACAUCGACUCUGCUGAUCUUGGUGAACGUCCCUUUGCAUCACGUGAUCUCGCUCAGUUCAUCUGUAAGAUGACUCAUCUGAAGGACCUGACACUCGACGGUCAGUAUCACGAUGACUUCUACUCAACAUCGUCAUCGAUGGCAUCAUCUGCAAAGAUUGAGACUCUUGACAUCGACUCUGCUGAUCUUGGUGAACGUCCCUUUGCAUCACGUGAUCUCGCUCAGUUCAUCUGUAAGAUGACUCAUCUGAAGGACCUGACACUCGACGGUCAGUAUCACGAUGACUUCUACUCAACAUCGUCAUCGAUGGCAUCAUCUGCAAAGAUUGAGACUCUUUACAUCUACUCUGCUGAUCUCAGUGAACGUCCCUCUGCAUCACGUGAUCUCGCUCAGUUCAUCUGUAAGAUGACUCAUCUGAAGGACCUGACACUCCGCGGUCAGUGUCACGAUGACUUCUAUUCAACAUCGUCAUCGAUGGCAUCAUCUGCAAAGAUUGAGACUCUUGACAUCGACUCUGCUGAUCUUGGUGAACGUCCCUUUGCAUCACGUGAUCUCGCUCAGUUCAUCUGUAAGAUGACUCAUCUGAAGGACCUGACACUCGACGGUCAGUAUCACGAUGACUUCUAUUCAACAUCGUCAUCGAUGGCAUCAUCUGCAAAGAGGGAGACUCUUGACAUCGACUCUGCUGAUCUCGGUGAACGUCCCUUUGCAUCACGUGAUCUCGCUCAGUUCAUCUGUAAGAUGACCCAUCUGAAGAAGCUGACACUCGACGGUCAGUAUCACGAUGACUUCUACUCAACAUCAUCAUCGAUGGCAUCAUCUGCAAAGAUUGGGACUCUUUACAUCGACUCUGAUGAUCUCGGUGAACGUCCCUCUGCAUCACGUGAUCUCGCUCAGUUCAUCUGUAAGAUGACUCAUCUGAAGGACCUGAGACUCCGCGGUCAGUAUCACGAUGACUUCUACUCAACAUCGUCAUCGAUGGCAUCAUCUGCAAAGGUAUUGAUUUGAUCGUAUUUUGUUGGACUCUUACCAAAUCACUACAUGUUUUUGUUAUACUGGAGGUGUACUCUUUACCUUUAUAGUCAAACGUAAGUGUACAAUUUUACUCUCCCUAUUGGUACACCGUUAAGAGCAGG